CUGCUGCUCCGCACGGCUGAGCCUCUUCCCUCUGCUCCCAGCCGGAGGAGGGUCCCCGGGAUGCUGACGUUACCAGUCCUUGCAAUCAUAUCGACAUGGUGCCUGUGUGUGCAUCGCACGUCGGAGAGGAACCUGAGCUUGUCAGAAACUAGUCCAGAUCUGAGCUCAGUGUGUGCAGGCAGGUUUCCUCCGUCAGCCCAUGUGAGUCGUGGCUCUCAUGCAAUCUGGCUUCAGGACCUGUACCUGCGAGGCAAUCAAAUCACAGAAGGUGUUUCAGAUUCUUGUGGAGGCGAAGCAAUGGGGGGAAAAACCACCAAAUCUCUCUUCCAUAGAGAACAAUUUCUGAAGCACGGAGCUCCCUGGGGCCAGGCCUCCUGCCAGUGGGGACAGCAGGUGGGAGCUUUCUAAGCCAGACAAAGGAGACCUGAGAAGGAACUGUGGUGAAGGGACAAGCCCAAGGCAAAGGACUGUCCGGCCACCUCCUCUCCUGGAGCAGGCAGCUGAGAUCUGCAUAGCCAGGAGACAUUUUGCAAGACUCAACACCUGGAGCAGUGCUAACCAGGUGGGCAGCCCCGAUGUCGACCAAGCUCUAUGUCCUCAUCAGCUGGCCCGACGGCAGCCGUGUCAUCAACAUCGAGAACAUCAAGGAGCCCCGCAAGCCCUUCCACCUCUACGCGGUGGGCGAGCAGGUGCUGGCCCGCUGCCCCGGCUUCAGCGGGCUCUACUGGGGCAUGGUGGAGGGCAUCAGCGAGCACAAAGAUGUCCUGGAGAAGAAGCUGCAGGAAGACAGACAGCUCUUGGAGACGUUAAAAGAUGAACCGGCCAACCACAGCGUGAUGCCACCCCAGCCAAAAAAAUCCAGGAAAACCUUCCCGAAAUGGACCCCAGGGAAUGCCCCCAGGAAAUAUGGGGACAGGAGUUACCCCAGCAAGCCGCUGCUACGGGCAGCCGAGGCCGGCCUGCCCGGUGAUGUUGGCAGCUCCUCCAUCAUCAAGGAGAGACGUGCCCUGGGGCCACCCCACCCAGCCAGUGCCUUCACCCCCCCAGCCACUUUCGUCACCCUCGCCAUGCCGGGGACAUCCCAGGGUGAAGAGGACAGGGCUGGCACUGCUACCAGAGAUUAUGUUGCCCUGGCAAUGAAGAGGAAGUCAGAUGGCAUCUUGUCCCAGUGCCAGCAACACGUCUGUCUGAACAGCUGUGAAGAGCGAAAGCUGGAUGCUUUGCAAGGGACUGAUGACUUUGGGAGAGUUCAGAAAAAAAUCUGUCCUGGUGAAAUGGAAAGGGAGAAGGUAGAGCAGCUGGAGAGGAUGGUCUUGGACCUGCAGCAGGAUGUCCUCUCUCUGAAGAAGAAGGUGCAGCGGCUGGAAUCCCUGUCCUUCCAGGAGGAGCCCCACCGGCCGCCCUGCGAGGUGGUAGAGCUCUUCAACGGCUACACCAAGGAACAGCUCAAAGAGGCCAUCCGCUUCGACCAGAAAAUCAGCACGGCCUGCAAGACUCUGCUCUACAAGCUCUUUACCUCUGACUACAUCCAGAGCCACUCCAUCACGGGGCGGAGGGGCAACACUUUCCGGGAGGCGAAGCCCAUGAUGGACGAACGCUGCAUCAAAAUCAUCCGGGUGCUGUUGAAACAGAAAUUUGGCGAUCACCUCAGCGACACGGUGAUCACGGAGAAGAUACAGAACGUGCAGAAAGCCCUGAGGCAGAAAUUUAAGACAGAAUGCCUCUGACAUGGGGGGGAUCGGUGUCUCUGUUCACGGUGCACCUGAGGAGCCCUCCCAGGGAAGACGUGGAUGCAGGGCUCCCCUGAUUCCCCUGGAGGAACCCACCCGGCAGAUCUGGGUGCUCAGCACAGCACAGACCUUUCCCAAGUGUCUGUCUGCAUUAAUCUGGAGGGAAUUUUGCCCAGCUUGGCUAGAGUUCUGCACAUCUGCUAGCACUUUACAAGCCCCUUCCCCUGUGGUCUGCGUGCAAGCCUCAGAGUGCUGUCUGCACGAUGAUCUCCAGGACUUUUGGGUGGACACACUCAAAAGCUUGAGGGUAACAGAAGGGCAGACUCAUUAAAGCAAUGCCAUAAAACCUGCAGAGAAGGAUUAUUUCAUUUUUCCCCUCCCCUUGUUUUAAUGCGGUUGUAUGGAAGAAGUGUUGAAGCGUUUGCACUAACAAAAUCUGCUGAA